GCCCGCGGCCCGGGCAGCGCGCAGCGACCCCCGGCCGCGCCAGGCAUGUGAAGAUGUCAGUGGGCUGUGCAUGCCCUGGCUGCUCCUCUAAGUCGUUCAAGCUGUACUCGCCCAAGGAGCCCCCGAACGGCAACGCCUUCCCCCCCUUCCACCCGGGCACCAUGCUGGAUCGAGAUGUGGGACCUACUCCCAUGUACCCACCCACGUACCUGGAGCCGGGAAUCGGGAGGCACACGCCGUACGGGAACCAGACCGACUACAGGAUAUUUGAGCUCAAYAAGCGGCUGCAGAACUGGACGGAGGAAUGUGACAAUCUGUGGUGGGACGCCUUCACCACGGAGUUCUUCGAGGAUGAYGCCAUGCUAACAAUCACUUUCUGCUUGGAGGAUGGACCAAAGAGAUACACGAUCGGCCGGACUCUGAUUCCCCGCUACUUCCGCAGCAUCUUUGAAGGGGGGGCCACCGAGCUCUACUACGUGCUCAAGCACCCCAAGGAGUCGUUCCACAACAACUUCGUCUCGCURGACUGUGACCAGUGCACCAUGGUGACCCAGCACGGCAAGCCCAUGUUCACCCAGGUGUGCGUGGAGGGGCGGCUCUACUUGGAGUUCAUGUUUGAUGACAUGAUGAGGAUAAAGACGUGGCAUUUCAGCAUCCGCCAGCAUCGAGAGCUCAUCCCCCGCAGCAUCCUUGCCAUGCAUGCACAGGACCCCCAGAUGCUGGACCAGUUAUCCAAGAAUAUCACCCGCUGUGGGCUCUCAAACUCCACACUCAACUACCUCCGACUCUGUGUAAUCCUAGAACCAAUGCAGGAGCUCAUGUCACGGCACAAGACCUACAGCCUCAGUCCCCGGGACUGCCUCAAGACUUGCCUGUUCCAGAAGUGGCAGCGGAUGGUGGCCCCGCCUGCGGAGCCAGCGCGGCAGCAGCCCAGCAAGCGCCGGAAAAGGAAGAUGUCGGGGGGCAGCACCAUGAGCUCCGGCGGGGGAAACACCAACAACAGCAACAGCAAGAAGAAGAGCCCGGCCAGCACCUUUGCCCUGUCCAGUCAGGUACCUGAUGUGAUGGUGGUAGGCGAGCCCACGCUGAUGGGGGGGGAGUUUGGGGACGAGGACGAGCGGCUCAUCACCCGGCUGGAGAACACGCAGUUCGACGCCGCCAACGGCAUCGACGACGAGGACAGCUUCAACAACUCGCCGGCGCUGGGGGCCAACAGCCCCUGGAACAGCAAACCGCCCUCCAGCCAGGAGAGCAAGUCAGAGAACCCCACGUCGCAGGCGUCGCAGUAACGGCCCGGCGGCCGCCGCGUGGACUCAGUCCAAACCG